GGAGGAGGCAGGAGCCCUGGGGGUGAGAAGGGGAGCAGGCGGGGACGGAGAGGGGUCGAGCGGGCGAGGAAGAGCGUGACGAGCCCCCCGGUGCUCACACCCCCACGGCGGAGCUGCUUCUUCCCAGCCUUGUUCCAGCAAAAAUUGCUGCUGUGACUCUUGCUGCACAUUAACUGGGAGAAAAGUAAAAAUCCUGUGACCACCACAGAGACUUUGCCCCUCUUUUCCCUUGCAUUGCAGAGUGAACCUUGAGAAAAGGACACAGGAGACAAGAAACAAGGACAUGGCUCAACCUAGUAAAACCUUAAUAACAACGGCUGCUGUGCUUCUGUCUAAAAACAUCGUGGAAGUGGCAUUCAGCAGAUAUCGAAGGAGAAAGAAUGAGAAGACCAAAAAAGACAUGGAGUGUAAGAUGGAUGUAGCCUUCCAGGAGCUCAAGAAAAAAAUGGAAGCCUUGCAUGAAUUGUUCACGGAAUUGCAGGACACCAAACAGUCUGAGCUUGAAGGCCUCAGAGCACAACUAGAGAAGAACAAAGGAAACAAAGUGGAGGAAAUUGUAUGGUCCGUGAAAUCCAGGCUGAAGAAAUACCUCCGGCAGUUCUCACAUGGAAUUCGAACUCUGGAAGAAAAUAUAGAGGAUUGGUCAGAGACCACAGAGUAUGAGCUUCAGCGUCUUAGAGCAGAGCUGCAGAAGACUCAAGAAGAGGUCGAAAUUGUAUGGUCCCUGAAAUCCAGGUUGAAGAAAUACCUCCGGCAGCUCUCACAUGGAAUUCAGAGUCUGAAAGAAAAUGUAGAAGAUUUGUCAGAGACCAUAGAGUAUGAGCUUCAGUGUCUCAGACCAGAGUUGGAGAAGAACAAAGGAAAGAAGGAGGAUGAAAGUUCAAAUUUCUGCAUGGAGACAAAAGUUCCACAGCUCUCCUAUAGAAUUCAAACUCUGGAUCCAGAGUUACAGGAGAGGUGGGAGUUCCCAAAUCAUGAGCUUCAGUUUGUCACAGCAGGCCUGGAGAACAGCCAAGAACUUUUCCAACCUUUCCAGAUUAAGGACCUGGGGGAAGCACCAGGGGCCUCCACAGGGGACCCACCCCACCAAGACCAGCCCUACACAUCUCCUUUUCUCCCAACGUCAGUGGAGACGGAGCGGUGGAGCACAGUGACGACCCUCGAGGAGACUUUCUUUAAGUUUGUUAUCCCUCCGUAAGCGGCACGAAGCUCUUGUCAUCGGGUAUUGUGCUGGGAGUGCUUUGCCUGUUUAAUAAACAGGUUUUUUCCACUUCUCUCUGAGGAAGUCUUUUCCUGAACCGGUUGGGGGAGGGGAGGGGGAGCUUCCUGGGGGCGUUUCUCCCAAAAUCUGCCUGA